AUGGAUCUAUUGUUGCUUAAGGGAAUUCUUUUAAUGAUAUCAGAUGCAGGUUUGUAUAAAACAGUUUUUAAAACCUCUUCAACGGCUGGAAAAAUUAACUUCUCUCCGAUAGUAUGCGGUUUUCCGGAUUUUGCUAUAAGUAAUGAGAUAUUGUAAGACGCCCGCAAACCAUCAUCAUUUCUUUGUGACGUCGAAGCGAACAUUCUGUCCAGUGUAG